GUAGCCCAAAUCACUAUGAGCUCCUGGCGCCGACCGCACGAGCCCACGAGCAGUCUCCGUGGCGCUCGCUUCUCCCUUUUCUUCCAUUGGCACGCGGGCCCACCUUGUCAUCUGCUCGUACGUGCUGUUGCACGUUCUUCCUCCCCACACGCUAACGACCUAGAGCUAUCGCCGUGGAUCCCGCCUGCGCUAGCAGCUCGCCCUCAACCACCCUACCCACUCCAUGGGCAUAAGCUGACGGCUGCAACCCCUCUCUGUUUCCUCGCCUCAUCAAGCCCUGCACCGUGGUCGUCGUAUGAGGAAAAUUCGCCAUACGUGAGGGAGAGUCGGUCACCACCGUUGGAUCGCGACUUCAUCGCCGUUGGGGUCCGGGAAUCGGGCCAGGAGGCGUCAUCGUACCACCGGGUGUGUGCUCGUGCGGCGGGGGAAAAUCAUCCUCACACCGAUGACAAUUUCUCGUCAAAGCUCCGCGACCGCGCCAAUCCGCACUUCACCGCGGACCGGUCUCCUGUGCGCGCCAUCUCCGAAGAGCCUAUGGCUGAGGAUCCCGGUGUUCAGCAGAUAGAAGUUGCUGAGCAGGAGCUCAUUGAAGGCAAGUUGUGCCCUUGACCACUUUUUAUCCAAUAAUGUUCUUUGUUAUCACUUAUCAAUGCAUAGGUUUAAUAUUGAUGGGACCCAAUAAGUCACCCUAGACCGGUUAUCCUUUUACCUUGUUUUUCCCUGAAUCAUUUGGGUAGUUAUGCUAUUGCUUUACAUGGUUUUGGGUUAAUAUUUCAUUAUAUCCAUGUUCCAAUUAUUCUGUUAUUUUAUUUAUGUUCAUGUCAAGAUCAUUAUUUUUAAUUGGAACAUGGAGCUUAACUUGAGAAACACGUACCACCACAAGGGUGAAAUGGGAUGCCCUUGGCUGACUAAUUAGGAAAGCUAGUGGAAGACUAUCUUACCCGAAAGGGGCAAGGGCAGUAGGGGAGUAGGCGUGUAGGGAGGUUCUCGGUUGAUUUUGCUGCGAUGGCGGUCAGACGAGGGAUUCCUGCAUUGCUAUUCCCAGAAACUGUAGCGGGUUUUCGAAAGCUAGUGGAACUUUGUAAAGGCCUCAUAGUGUUACCCUGCCUUGCUUCCUUAGUAGACGUGUAUGGGGCUCGUACAACCCCGUGGCAGAUGGGUAACAUGACUUGUGGGUACAGGGUACAACCUCUGCAGAGUGUAAAACAGGUAUACUAGCCGAGCUCACGGUCAUGAGCAGCUCAGGACUCUCGCAUUAUUAAAUUAUGGAACUUAAAUUCAAUUUGUCAUUUGCAUUGCAUGGGAUUUAUUAUUAAUUUUGUUCUAUUACUCUUGUUAUGGUUUGGUAUUUACUUACACUUAGUAACUGCUAAUAAAAUUUGACCAACUUAUUAAAAGCAAUGCUCAGCUAUAACCCCUAUUGUUGAUCAGCCUUACGCUUCACAUGAACUUCCACCUUUGGUGAGUUCAUGCACAUUAUUCCCCACAACUUGUUGAGCUAUGGACGUAUGUGAGCUCACCCUUGCUGUCUCACCCCCACAGGAGAAGAACAGGUGGUUCAAGAGGAGCCACACAACGAGGAGUUUGACUUGAUCUAGGUGGCAUCUCCCAGUCGACUUUAUGGCGCCAAGGAUGGAAUUUAGUUCAUUUUAUAUUUAUCUUUUAUUUUAUAAGACUUCCGCUAUGUAAUAAGUACUCUGAUGAUAUUGUGACAUUUAUCUCU